CUUAAUUCUUUAACUCAAUAUUAUCCGCUAAUGUUUGUGAGGUUGUAUGAAACACUUGCGACAAAAUCAAUACAGCGCGGCACUCUUCUAAAAAAGCCAUCAUCUUUUUGACUCAACUCUGACUGCAAUUCUGAUCCCUCCUUUUCAGUCGGUCGAUCGUCAGCAAUGGCGGCAUCGGUGGCUCCGCCGUCCGUUGAAGAGAAAAGAAUCGAGGUAUCAUCAUUUCCGAUACUACUUUCCGAGCAAAUUAAGGAUGCCGUAAAGGAAGCAGACUCAUUCAAAUUGGAGUGUUUCGAGAUCGGCAAACAAGUCGACCGUCUCUCUCAGAUGCUCCGCGCCGUCGCCUAUCUCUGUACAUCCACAUCUGGCUCUGUGUAUGAGAGGCCGAUCAGAAGGAUCGUCAUGGAGGUGUCGAAAAAUCUCGAACGGGCACUAACCCUAGUCCGGAAGUGCAAGCGGCGAAACGUCCUCCGCCGCGUUGUCACCAUCGUGUCGGCCGCCGAUUUCCGGAAAGCUCUCAGCCACCUCGAGUCUUCUGUGGCCGACAUGAAGUGGCUGCUUAAUAUCUUCGACGGUGAAGGCGGAGCCGGAGGUAUUGUUUUAUCCCUCCCCCCUAUUGCCAGUAACGAUCCGAUUGUCUCCUGGGUUUGGUCUUACAUUUCAUCUUUACAUUUGGGUCAAUUGACUGAUAAAAUCGAAGCCGCAAAUGAAUUAGCUUCUUUAGCUAAAGAUAACGACAGAAACAAAAAGAUUAUUGUCGAAGAAGGUGGGAUUUCACCUUUGUUAAAGCUAUUAAAGGACAAUUCUUCCCCGGAAGCUCAAGUGGCAGCAUCCACGGCAUUGUUUAAUAUAGCAAACGAUGAAGAAAGGGUUCGAGCUAUCAUUGAUCAGCUGGGGAUACCAAUUAUUGUUCAAGUGCUGGGAGAUUCCCCUAUGAGGGUUCAAAUCUGGGUGGCGAAUUUAGUGGCAAGGAUGGCAGAAUAUUCCCCACUAGCUCAGGAAGAUUUUGCAAGGGAGAAUGUGAUCAGACCUCUUGUCACAUUGCUGUCACACGGCAUCCUUAUGGAUGAUCUGAAAUCGAAAGUUGGGAAACAAAGCAUUCACUCCAUUGUACAAAUUAAUAAGGAAAUGGAGAGAAAAGCAUCAUCAGGAUCCUACAGUUACAAGCAGCGAACUCUGGGAUCACCACUGUCACGACACUUUUCCGAUGGAAGCAGCCGUGGUGGUGGGAAUAACAGGAAGGAAAGAGAGAAUGAGAAGGCUGAAGUGAAACUGCAGUUAAAGGUUAGCUGUGCAGAGGCAUUGUGGAUGCUCGCCAAGGGGAGUGUUUCAAACAGUAAAAGGAUAACUGAAACUAGAGGUUUACUCUGUUUAGCUAAGCUUGUUGAGACAGAACAAGGGGAAUUGCAAUUAAACUGCUUGAUGACAAUAAUGGAAAUAACCGCCUCAGCGGAAUCUAAUCCUGACCUUAGAAGGUCUGCUUUCAGGAUAAAUUCCCUCGCUGCAAAGGCCGUUGUUGAUCAACUACUACAUGUGAUUAAAGAAUCAAACAGUCCCAAAAUGCAAGUUUCAGCAAUUCGGUCAGUCGGUUGUCUUGCUAGAACAUUUCCUGCAAGAGAGGUUCGGGUGAUUGGGCCUUUAGUUGAGCAACUGAGUAACAGAAAUCUAGAUGUGGCUGCAGAAGCUGCAAAUUCACUUGGGAAGUUUACAUGUCCUGAAAACUUUUUACGUGUGGAGCAUUCAAAGACGAUAAUUGAAUUCAAUGCCGUCCCCGCUCUUCUGAGACUGCUGAGAGGGAAUGAGCGGUCUCAGUUCCACGGAUUUGUUCUCCUAUGCUACCUCUCUGUGCAUGCUCGCAAUAAUGAUGCUUUGGAUCAACCCCGAGUUCGGACUGCCCUCGAGGGGGCGGACCGGACAUUGUUUAUCCAGCAUCCUGAGUUGAGAGAAUUAAUGUCAACUGCGACAUACCACCUCGAUAUUUAUCACUCUGGAUUGCUUCUUCCUCAGCGUCAGUCUUUUUCUCCUUAGCAUUUGUUUUGGAGCCCCUGGGUAAUGGGGAUAGUGUAAAGUUGCACUAGUAUUAUACAUAAAAAUAUAGAUUUAUGUAUCAGAAGGCUUUGUCGGUGUGUACUUAAAGUUUGUGUUGAUACACUAGUUUACUCGUGUUUCAGGGGAGUGGUGCAUUUUUGUGAGGGGCAGAAAUAAGUGUUCCUCCGGUCUUAAAUAAAUGUAACGGUCAACAUUUUACACUUGUCGAGACACAAUUUU